GUCCCAACACAACUUGCUCUCACCGGGCGCCUGCGCACCGCAAUCUGCCAGCGAUGCUUUCCUUUCUCGUGCUCAAUAAUCUUUAUCUCAUCCUUCUCACUUCAAAACAAAUUUAAUUUCAAUGGCUGCUGUUGAUAUCACCAAUGUCGCAUGUGGAUUUUAUGAAGACUGCAUAAAAUUAUUUGAAAUUUUCAAAAGUCAUGAAAGUAUUAGAUUUGAAGAUUUUGUAGCAGCUUGGCAAGAAAUAAAGUUUUCAUUGAUCUUUCUGUGUCGAAAAAAUUAUGCAGAACUAAUUGAAUUCUGCGAAGAAUCUCUUCAAAUUGCUAAGUCAUUUGUAUUAACAUCUAAUGAUUUUAUUGAUAGAGUAGCAGGUUUAUAUCUCUUAUAUGGCUUAUACAAUAAGAUACCAAUUGAAGAUAUAAAAAUCAGAGUAACAUUGAAGGAAUGGGAAUUUUUUUUGGAAUUCUUUGAACAACUUAAAUAUGAAAAGCUUCAUGACGCUAGCUAUAUUUUUGCUAAAUUGGUCACAGAUAAUGCUUUUUAUCAUUGCUUAUUCACAACUGAGUAUGGUUUAGAGAAAAGUUUUAAAACUCGCCAAGAAUACUCUUUUUCAUUUGACAAUCCAUACUCUGUACUUCCAGUCUUAGUUGAUGAAGUUGAAAAAAGAGAUCUUGGCAAAAUUCUAAAAUUUAGUGAGAUAUACCAUGAACAAAAGAAGAAAGUAUUAGGUUCUUCCUCUAAAAAUAAGUUACAAUUAUUUGAUAAAAACUUUAUGGAUGAAAUUGUCAACAAUAUUGAACAAUUACAAGAAAAGAGGCAAAACUUCCCAGCAUUGCGAAAAAAAGUUAGUAAAGUUAGCUUGCAUCUGAAGACUGAAAAGCCAAAGUAUCCUGAUAAUAAAGUUCGAUCGAAAUUAGGUCAUGGCUUUGAUACCGAUGAAGAUUCCGAUGAUGAGGAAAUGAGUAUGAAUCAAACGUUUGAACAACCUAAUCGCAAUUUACCAAACUUUAACGACGAUCUAGAAGAUUUUGAUGUACAAGAGAACGAUACUCCUGUAGAAUCAACGCUUAUCGAUAUUGAUAAUAACGAGUCACUAUAAGUAAUUUUUGAUACUUCUUUAUUGCUUUGUUCAGCGAGAAUGAAACUUUAUUAUAUAAAAAAAUCAUAUAGUUGAAAUUUGAAUCAAUGUGUGAUAAAUAGAACAAUAAGUACCUAACUUUAAUUGAAAUUCAGCUACAACAAUGAUUAACGUAAGUUUUCAAUGAAAAUCUAGGUUUCCAAGCCUGUGAACAUGCAGUAUUGAUAUUUGCGAAGCGUGUUUUUUUGUAAAAAGUGUAGACAAAUGAUCAUGUAUGAUAACAGAUUGAAUAAAUAAUA